GUCUAAAAUAGACUUCCUCUUUUUGUUUCUCUCUAUUGUAGCCACUUCUUUCUUCUUCUUCACUCGCUCUGUUUAAUAAUUAGGGUUUUAGAGCUGUUUCUUCGAAUGAUACAGAACGAAUUUCAGUAAUCUAAGAAAACCAACUAAAUUCUCCCAAUUUGUUUUAGGGAUUAAGGUUCAGCAGUAUGGGGAAGGCGAAGAAAUCACCUAAAUUUGCAGUCAUGAAGAGAUUAAUCAGCUCUAAAAUGAUCAAAAAGACAAAAGAGGACAUUCUAAACCCUAGAAAGAAAGAUCUUGAGAAGGAAAAAUUACCCAGAAACGUGCCUCAAGUAUCAUCAGCUUUGUUCUUUAAACAUAAUAGUGCUCUGGGUCCUCCUUAUAGAGUUUUGGUUGAUACCAAUUUUAUCAAUUUCUCUAUUCAGAACAAGUUGGAUUUGGAAAAGGCGAUGAUGGAUUGCUUGUAUGCAAAAUGUACUCCUUGCAUUACGGAUUGCGUCAUGGCAGAGCUUGAGAAAUUGGGUCAGAAAUACCGAGUAGCCUUGAGGAUUGCGAAGGAUCCUCGGUUUGAGAGACUCCCAUGUACUCACAAAGGAACUUAUGCUGAUGAUUGUCUCGUUGAUAGAAUUACCCAGCACAAGUGCUAUAUCGUUGCAACAUGUGAUAGAGAUUUGAAGCGAAGAAUCCGCAAGGUUCCUGGAGUUCCAAUCAUGUACAUCACGAACCAUAAGUACUCGAUCGAGCGACUACCUGAAGCAACCCUUGGUGGAGCUCCACGAUAUUGAUGACUGUGGAUGAUUCUUUGGCGUGAGGAAAGCUGUCACUCUUGUCACCCUUUCCAGGUUUUGGAGUUGCUCGAGUAUCUUGGCAUCUGCUCAGCGACUACCCGGAGGAACAAGAAAGCAGUUUUAACAUCAUACACUGUCUAUUUGAGAACUGUUGUGCAACUUAAACAAGAAUGUAAUCGUGUUUAUGGUUGUAGAACUUUUUUUGGAGAUUUUAUCUGGAUUAGCAGAAUACUUUAAUCAA